CGAGAAACAAACUUCGAUAGAAAGCUAACAUGGCGGCGUCGUUGGUGCGGUUCGUCCGUGGAGGUCUUGGAAGGAGCAUUCAUGUUGUAAGGAAUUCAUGUCUCCUCCAACAACAGGCCAGGCUGCAGAGCUCCACCACUGAGAACAGACCGACAGUGAGACCCAGUGAUGCUGUCACUCACAACAAGCUGGCAGCGUUUGGAGAGUAUGUGGCUGAAAUUAUGCCCAAAUACAUCCAGCAGGUCCAGGUGACCUGCUAUAAUGAACUCGAGUUGAUGAUCCAUCCUGAUGGAGUGAUCCCAGUGCUGACCUUCUUGAAAGACCACACCAACGCCCAGUUCAGGAACAUGAUUGACCUGACAGCUGUCGAUGUCCCCACACGGCAGAACCGCUUUGAGAUUGUGUAUAACUUUCUGUCACUGCGCUACAACUCCCGCAUCCGUGUCAAGACAUACACAGAUGAAUUAACACCAGUGGACUCUGCUGUCCCUGUCCACAAGGCUGCCAACUGGUACGAGAGGGAGGUGUGGGACAUGUUUGGUGUCUUCUUCGCCAACCACCCCGACCUGAGGCGUAUUCUUACAGACUAUGGUUUUGAGGGUCACCCCUUCAGAAAGGACUUCCCUCUGUCAGGAUAUGUUGAAGUACGUUAUGAUGAUGAGGUGAAGCGUAUGGUGGCUGAGCCGGUGGAGCUGUCGCAGGAGUUUAGGAAGUUUGACCUGAACACUCCCUGGGAGGUGUUCCCCGCCUACCGAGAGCCUAAAGAGGCUGCACCCAAACUGGAGGCAGGUGACCAAGCUCCUGAGAAGAAAUGAUGUCCCACUGUUCAGUGUAAACAUAUGCACAGACACAAACAAAAACACACACACCAUCACUGUCAUCAUCAUGCUCUCUCUGUGUGUGUCAUUUUGGGGACGACUCAACCCACCUGAAAUAUUUAUGUAUAUAGAAUACUAAUAAAACUGUCUUUAAAAUAUUA